GGACUUGCGAGCUAAUAAUUCACAUCCCCUGAAGUCACCCUUUAUUGAUAAAAGCCACAGGCUUGGAUAAAUGCAGUACGCACCCACUCAGUCACAGAUUCGAAACCACGCAUGCGGUUCAAGUUGGAUACCACCCAAUCGAGAGGAAUUCCACAGAAACCAAAUCGAACAAGUCUUGACCCGACUUGGCGUGGUCCAGGACCUGUAGUCUGGCCCAUCAUAUAGUUAAACCAUUUGGGCUAAAACAAACCAACGACGUCAACUCUUUUAUCCUUGGCUCGAUCGCCAUCCAGCUUUCCACGACAAAACCUCAUCACUUCCCAGUUCCUAGCCUUCGACCAUUAUCGAAUAUUGAAAAUACAUAACCCAAGUUUGUCAUUCGAAAUCCUUGCGAGUACUGUCAACUACGACCAGCUUUUCGCAGCACUGCCGCCACAUCGAGCGUAUCCACUCCAACACCUCCCGAGCACGCAACAACGAGCGAUUCCGGCUUGAUCCCUCAUAUCCUACUCGUCCUUCGACAGAGGGAGGCUGCGGUACGCGGCGACUGCAACGAUGUCAACGACUUUGGACAACAGCAGCAACACUGGGCUGAACAAGCUGCUGCCAAAGUCAAUAUCCUCCAAGCGACUUCGAAAAAAGCAAGACCGUGAACAACCAGGGCUGUCCUAUGACGAUGCUGGCGUCUUUGCGCAUUCACAGUCGAGCCGAGAAACUUUAGGGAGCGAUGGUACACGCUCCGAGCAUAUUGCAGGGGACGAGGAUGAGGGAACAAGCCACCGCUCCUAUGAGUCCGAUGGGGACGAAUCGUAAGUUUUAUUCAAUUGUCUCGUCUCUCCCUGUUCUGUUUUUGUUUCCCUUCUGCUUUUCCCGUACCGUUAUCAACCGAAUCCUUCGUGGCAAUGAUCGUCUGCCUCCAUGUUGUUUUUGCCAGUUCUGUUGCGUGGGAUCAGCUGCGAGGCUGAGACCCUCUUGGUCAGUAUCUGCGACAUCCAUGCUUAAGUGGCACCAAGAGGAGAGACAACCAUUCUACAUAACUUAUUGCACUAAGAGAGGGAUGGCAGAUCAAAGCUCCACACGGCGCUAUGAUCGCCUAUACUCGCGUUGACAAGCAUCAACUCAAUUGUUUCGUCAUUGCAUACUUCCAAGCUACCUCUCUUACCACGUCGCUAUAUUACUGCUUUGUUUUGUUUCUGGUUAUUCUCGUGCCCAGCAGGCUUGGCACAUCUGCCGUCUUCCCCGUGUCCACUUCCCUAGCAAACUCCACUUAUCGGUGUUACCGUCUGUGCUCUCUACUGCAUUUGAUCAAUCUAACUGGAGCCAUCGUCACUCUUUAGAUCCAACUCUCGAUACCCGCCGCCUUUCUCUACUCAUCCUUCUCAAAUAGGCCACCUAACGACAAAUUCCUCCAUCGUACAGGCAAGUUAUCAACCAGAAUCACAUCCUUCGCUUUCAGACGUCGAAUCCAACAGUAGUGCUUCAAAGUCGUCAACGUUCCCAGCAUCGCGAACAGACUCCAUCGAUUCAAGAGACCCCCGGAUCGGCCGGAGUAAGACGGGCUUGCUCCCUCCCCAAAGUUCUGCUCGCCGUUCGCCUUCACCUGCUGGUAGACUCAAGGGUAUAUUCAAGCCCAAGAAGAGCUCUGGGAAUAACUCGAGUCCAGAGCGUCGCCCAGCAAGCGAGCCCCAACCAUCGUCUGAGACUCGCGACGAACAACAGCCUACCAUCUCAGUGGAUCCUGAUCCUGAUCAAGACUUGCCAGUUCUCGAGCCACCAGCUGCAGCUAAGGUUGCUUCUCCGGAAAGACGGACGAGGGUACAGCCCAAGGUUGACACGAAUAUCCCGCCUCGAACUCCUCCAAGCGGUGACAAACCUGCCCCGGUUAUAGUAAACACCCCACCUACACCUACUGAGUUCGCCAACAAAUCCGGCCAUUCGUCCCCCGAGAGGAAGUCCUUUUGGAGUAGUCCUGGGAACAAUUCGGGUACAAAUGGCCGUCCUUCCUCUCAGAACAUGAGUGCGAACAGGAGGAGUCGAUCGAAUUCACAAAACAUCGGCCCCAGCAAACUCUCUAACAUUGUAUCCGCCCCCUUGACACCGACCCAAGAGAGUGAUGAACCAACACCUACGGCGAAUCAGAACCCUUCAGGAGGCUUUUUCUCGUCUAUGAUCUCAGCUGCCCAGAGCGCUGCCAAUUCUUUCAGCAAUACCAGUCUGAACAUCGGUGGAAACAAGUCUCGAAGCGUGACUCCCAACAUACAAGAAACACCUGAAUCCCACGAUACCCAAAACAACAUCGAACCUGCCCCAGUGGCGCAAAUGGCGGACAAGAAGGAAAACAGAAAGUCCGCAGUGUCGACCAUUGGUGCUGGUGAGCUGAGUCUCAGUCAGCUUGGGCUUGCCGAAGCUCCCAGCCUUGUCGCAUCUCCAGUUAACGCCAGGUUCCCCGAUGUGUCUGACAAGCGUGCUCGGUCUGAAUCUGCUCCCGUCGAUUCUCCAGUGAGUCCUGUGGAGUUUAUCCCAGAGGAGUCUUCCAGUCGCCCACGCUCACUCUAUGAACCCGUGAGCCGUGAACGUACACCUCCCCCUCCAGAGCUUAUGAACAAAGAGAAUGGUGUGCAAAGAACAUCCAGUCUCCGAAGUGCUCUCAAACAGAGCCACAGGAAGCGUGGAAGCUCUGUCACGACUGGAACCACCAUAGGAGCUGCGAUUGCAGCUGCGAAUAGUUCACUAGCGCAUCCAAAUCUGAGCGCACCCAAGCUUACGGGAUUCGCUAUUGCCAGUAAAAAAAGAAAUCGCGAUUUUCACGAUCUGUUUAAGAGUGUGCCAGAUGAUGACUAUCUCAUCGAAGACUACAGUUGCGCCUUACAGAGAGAGAUUCUCGCGCACGGCCGCCUUUAUGUCUCAGAGGGUCAUCUCUGCUUCAGCAGCAACAUUUUUGGUUGGACAACAACACUCGUUAUGAGCUUCGAUGAGAUUGUGUCUGUCGAGAAAAGAAGCACUGCACUGCUCUUCAAGAACGGUCUGAUGAUUUCAACUCUGCAUGCCAAGCACAUUUUUGCCAGUUUCACAAGCCGGGAUGCCACAUACGAUCUAAUCGUGAACAUAUGGAAACUUGGUCACCCUACACUCAAAAGUACGCUAAAUGGUGUUAGACUUGAGGGUACCGGCGGCGACAAAACGGAAAAGGUUGAUGCUGAGCCCCCAGUGGAGGAGGAUGAGGCCCACGAGGGCUCGGAGACAGAUGACGAGAGUGAUGAUGAAGAGGAGUACUACGAUGAGGAUGUCCACGAGGAAAUGCACAAUGCUAGCAUAGCUGCCGAAACGAAAACUAGCGGAGCAGAUGCUGACGGCGAGAAGGCUGCCUCCAGGAAAGCAUCAGGAGCAGCGCUCCCAAGUGGCCCGGCAUCUGAAGAGUCACCUCCGGCUGCUGGAGGCUCCGCGGACUUCCCAGGCCCAGCUGCUCAUGCGCCCACUGAAUGCGGCGACACAGCAUCACAUUACGACAGAGUGGUUGGCGAUGAUAUUAUUCCGGCACCACUUGGCAAGGUGUACAACCUCAUGUUUGGCCCAGCUUCAGUUACAUUCAUGUCGAACUGGCUAUCGGGAGAGCAGAAGUGCUUAGAGCUCCAGAUGGAGGACAAGAAGGGCCUUACACUGGAUAACAGAACACGAACAUUCUCGUACAUCAAACCACUCUACGGCUCGAUUGGACCAAAGCAGACCAAGACUAUUACCUCUGAGACAUUAGAGACAUUAGAUCUCGAGAAGUCGGUCAACCUUACCUGCUCAACCCAAACACCAGACGUGCCGAGUGGCAAUGUGUUUGCGGUCAAAACUAGGUACUGCCUCUCGUGGGCCGAAAACAACGCCACGAGAGUGCAGAUGAACUGUACAAUCGAGUGGUCCGGCAAGAGUUGGCUGAAAGGGCCUAUUGAGAAAGGUGCAACUGAUGGCCAGACUACAUAUGGAAAAGACCUGUUUGCAGCUAUCAAGGCAGCAGUAUCAUCCAAACCAGGAGGAACAACGCCGAUAGCCUCAGCACUUAAGGGAGGCAAGAGGAAAGGCAAGAAGGCCAAGCUUUCGCAGUCAAAUACUGGUGUUGUCGAGACCAGCGUUGCACCCAAGCGGCCUGCUCAGACAAGUUGGGGUGUUCUGGAGCCUGUACGCGGAAUCCUGGAGCCAAUUGGAGACAUUGUUCAACCUCUUCUCACUGGAAAUGUUAUGUAUGGACUUCUGGUAGGGCUGUUGGUUGCCACGUGGUUUGGCUUUGGUUUCACACCUAGUCGAAAUGCCUCCUACGGUCGCGAACUCGGGGGCGUCUACCGACCGGACAGGAUUGCUGCUUAUGAGGAGAUGUGGCGAAGAGAGGACAGUGAGCUUUGGGAUUGGUUGGAGGAACGUGUCGGAAUGGACCGUCUGCAAAGCGACAACGUCGGGGCACGCAAGAGGGCAAUGGAACCAAAGACAGUUGAAGAGAACUUGCGUGCGUCUCGAAUGGGUGAAAAGGAGGUGGAAGAAGCAAUUCGAGUCACAGAGGAAAAACUGAGAGUACUAAAGGGAGUUAUGGAGAAGAAGAGCAAACCUGACAGAUCGACUGAUGAUUUCCGAUCGCAGGGAGUAUAGAAAUUGUGUAUAUUUUAGCCAUACAUCAUAACCUGAUGGGAGUAAUCAGCGAGCUCCUUUGUUCUUUUGUCAACUACCUUUGUAACAACAAGAAAGCUAUUGAAUAUAUCUAUUAGACGAGUCAAGCAUCUUAUUCAAUGUCAGGAUGGGGUCGCAU